UCGGUGCAUUUAAAUAAAAAAGCCAUUAUUCCGGCGAUGACAGCAACACACCUUUCUACGUCAGGAAGGAGAAAGCUACAGCUGGUGUGCUUCCAUUUGUGUCGGUGUGUACUCAGUGUGAGCUGCUCGUCUCCCCGUGUGUCUAUCUGUCCAUGCGCGCUGUGUAAACCUGCUCUAUCCGGACUAUUUUGCCGUUUCACCGGAUCUGUGGAAUGAGUUUUAUUACCAACUGGAGACGCAGCGUGAAGAAAAAUGAAAGCAAAAAUGAUGCUGUGGAGGGGCAAGACAUCCCUGACGGGCCAGACUCCCCAAACCGGUUGUCAGUCAUAAACAGUCCAGAGUUGGAUCCCAUCUUCACAGACUUCAAGUUCCAGCUCCCGGACAACAAAGAUGCUCUGCAAUCAACAAAUCCAUCAAAUGGGUGCUUGCAGUCAGACUUGUCGCUGGCUCUGGAGGACUGUAUGGCCGCCCUGGAUCUGUUCCUCAAAAACGACUUUGAGGAGGCGCAGACCCGGCUUAGAUGCAGAACCAAAGACAGCAUGUACCACGCCCUGACCUAUGCGACCAUCCUGGAGAUGCAGGCCAUGAUGACCUUUGACCCACACCACAUCCAGACUGCAGGAAACACCAUGAAAGAGGCCCAGGCCAUCUGUCAGCGGCAACGCAAGAAGUCAAGCUUCUCCAAAAGCUUCACAGAAGAGGAACUCCAUGCUGAGGUUUGCUACGCCGAGUGUCUCCUGCAGAGGGCGGCACUUACUUUCCUUCAGGAUGAAAACAUGAUCAGUUUCAUCAAAGGGGGAAUCAAAGUGAGGAACAGCUACCAGACAUACAAAGAGCUUCACACAGUCCUCCAGUCCUCUGGAUACUCUCAUGGCGACAACCACAACCAUUUUGAGUGUGGUGUUAAACUGGGAGUAGGAGCUUUUAAUCUAAUGAUUUCCAUGUUGCCCACGCGGACGCUCAAGCUGCUGGAGAUUGUCGGUUUCUCUGGUAAUAAGGAAUUUGGUCUCCAGCAGCUUCAGGAGGGCUCUGCAGAAAGCACAUUCAGGUCCUUCCUAUGUAACAUGCUGCUGCUUUGUUAUCACACCUUCAUGAGCUUUAUAUUAGGCACUGGAGAAGGAGACAUGGAAGAUGCAGAGAAACUGCUGCAGCCAUAUCUUAAAAAAUAUCCUAAGGGAUCGAUCUUCUUGUUCUUCGCUGGUCGAAUAGAGGAGAUCAAAGGCAACUUGGAUGGUGCUAUCAAGCGUUUUGAGGAGUGCUGCGAGGCUCAGCAGCCAUGGAAGCAGUUCCACCACAUGUGUUACUGGGAGCUAAUGUGGUGCUUCACAUACAAGAGGCACUGGAAGAUGGCCUAUUUCUACGCUGACCUGCUCAGCAAGGAGAACACCUGGUCCAAGGCUACAUAUGCAUAUAUGAAAGCAGCCUACCUCAGCAUGCUGACUCCGGAUGAUUGCCUAACCUUUGGGGAGACUGCGUUCACUCUGUUCAGGCAGGUUCCAGGUCUGAAGCAGAAAAUAGCAGGGAAAUCUUUGCCAACAGAGAAGUUUGCAAUCAGGAAAGCCCGUCGCUACCUUGCAGAAAACCCAAUUCCUCUUCCUGCUCCUCCACUGGAGAUGAUGUACAUCUGGAACGGUUACACAGUCAUUGGCAAACACAAAGACCUGACUGAAGGCAUGCUGCAAACACUGGAUGAGGCACAGACUAAUCUCGAGAGCAGCCCAAGGUCAGAGUUCACCAUUGAUGAUCAGUGUCUGCUGAGCCUCUUGAAGGGCCUGUGUCUCAAACACCUGGGGCAUCAAGAGGAGGCCGAACACUACUUUACCCUCGUCCUCUGCAAUGAGUCUCAGAUCAAGUAUGACCACUACCUGGUUCCUAAUGCCCUGCUGGAGCAUGGCCUGCUGUGUCUGGAGCAAGGCAGAAAAGCUGAAGCUAUAAGACUCCUAGAAACGGCAAAGCAAAAUUACAAAAACUACUCGAUGGAAUCAAGGACACACUUCCGUAUUCAGGCUGCUCUGCACAAGGCCAAGGGCAUGGGGGAGAACGGCAUCCAUGUUCCCUCCAGCCCAUAACAGACAGAGGAGGGCACACUAGAGCAGAGAUAGUUUCUGUUUCCAAAGUCCCACAGUACACUCAGACCAGACCAGCCCCACCCAUUUGGGCGGGUGAUUUGUUUUCCCAUCAGAAGGGUAGGGGAAGAUGGAUGCUUCUUUCUCUCAUUUGUGUUGCCCUUUCCGGCGACUGUAGUUGUGUGUGGCCCUGACUGGCUAAGGCAGCUUUGCUAUGCCCUCUUUUAGAGAGAUAUUAUGAUGAACGCCAUAUCCUUUUGUGAUUUGAAAUAGAGACAAGUUGAGAAAUGUGCCUAUAUUUAUGACCCAUUGCUUCUAGCAGGCUUGUUUGUUAAGCACUGUGGCCACCCAUAAGGGGCACACUACGGUAGGAAACAAGGUGACAUUUGUGUAGAAUAUAAAUUGCAGAUUGCCUCCACUCCUACCCCAGAAUAAAAAUUGGCCCAGGGUACCAACAACCCACCAUAUAAAUUACUGAUACUGACUCCACCUGGCCAGCAGCAUCAUUUUACCUGGUUGCUAAAAAGCUCCCACACCACUUAAUUAAUUACUUUAAUGUAAUUUUGUUAUUAUUGAUCAAAUAACUUGUUGGGAGAUGACAUAUUUAUGGCACAUAAAUAUGUGUUGAUAUAGUUUGACAGCAGGUCCACAUUAUAUCAUGCAACUCAUCACAUGGUCCAUAAAGACUAUGAGACUGUUUUGUAUUUUGUUACUUUUUAGAUUUUGAUUGACUGGUUUCACCAAUACUUAGAUAUUUGAUCAAAAUCAAUGUGACCUGGAUUAACCCUUAUACCGCAUAACCAUUGGUUGGUUGUCUUUCUCAGAGUGAGUUUCAUUUUAGGAUACUUUAUUUCAGUCUCCUUCUGAGACAUAAAUAAAUCUGCAAUCCUGUUACAAUUACCAUUACAUGUAAUGACUUUUGCACAGAUCUUAGAAAUCAGCCAGCCAUGCAAACUCUCCUAAAUCAAAGAAUCUCUUGCAGUGAGAGUUGUUCUUUACAUUUAUAUAUUGUAAAUGGCACCUUUUGCACAAAUUAUCCCAUUUUAAGAGGACAGAUGAAUGUGUCUUUUUUCUGAAAGGCAGACUCCCUCCUUUUCUCCUCCUGGUGUGUGGGACGGACUCCAACAGUACUUAAGCUUAAACAAACAACCCAUUCAUGCCGAGCAGCAAAGGACUGCGUGCUUGUCCGCCUGUUGCAUCUUUAGUGAGUGAUGACGGAUUGGGAACCACCAUAGUCUUCCUGCUUUGUGGACGUCCUCUGUUGCUCUUGUAUCAGCCAUGCUUGACUACAAUCAUCUAUACAAGGACAUGAACAUAAUAACCAUGCUCCUGUGUCAAAUAUUAAUCUGUAUAUGAAUAAACACUUGUUAUGACUGAUGAUAAACCGAAAGAAAGGGGUCACCUCUAAUCGCAUUGCUAGUGAGGUUAUUUGAAGGGCUGUGUCUCAACAACAGAGUGUCAAACUCAGAUGGUGUCUCAAGUGUUGAAAUUAGAGUACUGAUGAUUUAUUAAUGAUUAGAGUAAGGUUUGGGAUUCAAGACGAUAACCAGGAGUCAGUUUCAAUUUAAGUUUAAUGCCAAAGUAAAAUUUACUUUAAAUAUUGCUUUUACAGCUCUCUGAAAUAUUUAAAUAACAAAUUGUAUUUAAUUUUCUGAUAAAUAAUUAGGCUUAUUUUUCUUUUUUUUUUCUCCCUUUGGUUUUGCAGAUACUGUAUAGCUGAAAGAAACUAACCAAAUUUAGUGGCAUUCUGAUGUUAACAAGCAGCAUAUUUUUUGGGGCACGGCUACUACUGAGUAGAAUGAGAUUCCUGUACAUACUGAAUGUUUCUAUUGUAAUUUAAGACAAAAUGAUAAGCAACUAAAAAAACAUACC